AGGAACGCGAUGGCUGGUAAUAGGCCACCAUGACAUCAUUUGGAGACCACUAACCUUGCGGGACCCGCGGAACGCGUUGUUCACUAACAAAACGACCACAUCAACGCCCAUAGUAUAUAGAAAAGGGAGCCUGCUUCUCCUGAAUCGCUCGCAAAUUUGAAAACAUCUAUACAAUAUCCGAAGACACAAUCUCGCACCACCCAACAUGUCAGCGACACAAACCGUACAAAUCUUGAGCACAUCCACCGCGCUGUUGGCGUCGGGGGGUAUCGCAGCAUUAUCGCUCUUCGAUAUACCCAUGUUACAAUCACAGCCAGCAUCUCGCUCUCUUCCAAUGGUGCGCUGGCUCUUCUCAAGAGGCUCUCACGCUUUUCCAACGGCCGCAAUUACAUCCGCGUCAGGCUUCGUCUACCUCGCUUACAAAUUUCUCCCACAAUCCUCCGUCCACUCACUUUCUUCGAUACUUCAGCAUGUCGUAAAGGGCAAACCAGGCCUUUAUCUCGCCGCGGCCGCGCUUUCCUUCAGCAUCGCGCCAAUCACGAGUCUGGCCAUGAUACCCACGAACUUCGCCCUCAUCAGGAAGAAUGAAGAGUUAGGCGGGAGCCGAAGUAAGGCAUCUGCCGAGUACCGCGAAAAGGCUGGAUCAAAUGAGCGGAGCGCUGAGGAAUCCGUGGACAGCAAGGAUGACGUGAGUCAAUGGAAGGAUUUGAGUGUACCGCAAGAGAAAACGGAGAGGGAGAGUACUCAAGCAGAUGAUCAAGAGGUAAAUGAGCUGUUGGAUAAGUUCGGCAAGCUAAACAUGCUGAGGGCGGUAGCUAUUGGCUCGGGUGGGAUUGUGGGAUUGAUGGCUAUUUUGGCGUAGGCUUUGUUCUGUUGCUACACAACCCGAAGUAUCCGUAAUCCAGCCAAGCACACCUAGCUCCCCGGAAUAGGCGGCUCGCAUCAUGUUCAACGAAUGAGAUUGCAUGCACGUUACAAGCACGACAUUGAUUGCACGGCUGACGUGAGCUGGCUGACUACCU